UGAUUUGCAAUCCAAGCAUUACGAUUGCUUUUUAUCAUCCAAUCUGCUGUCACGCUGCAGAUUUACACCAGUCAAUAUGGCUGCAGCCUCAUCGACGAAGCUGCGAUGCUUGUAUGCAUCGUCCGUGAAGAAAGUCCAUCCCCCAUCCUUAACAGGCCUAUCUCGCCACUAUGCAACUGCCAAUUCAGACUCCUCGACUACCCCGUCACUCGCAGAUAAAGCACCCACUCGCAGACGGUCAACGACAUUCCAAGAUAAGCUGAACGCCGGCCCUUCAUUCGCCGAUUUUGUCAGUGGUGACGAUGCACCGCUGAGCCCCUCAGAGGCCUACAAAUUCGAGACUGUUAUGGCUGGACCAGCUGGUCGCAAGAAAGAGUACACACGUCUUCCAUCAUGGCUGAAGACCCCUAUUCCAGAUUCACAGAACUUUAAGCGUAUCAAGAACGAUCUCCGCGGUUUGAAUUUGCACACUGUUUGCGAGGAGGCUCGAUGCCCUAAUAUUUCAGACUGUUGGGGUGGAAGCGACAAGUCUUCUGCGACAGCGACAAUCAUGUUAAUGGGUGAUACUUGCACACGGGGAUGCCGUUUCUGCAGCGUCAAGACAUCUCGUACUCCUGGCCCGCUCGAUCCGCACGAACCAGAGAACACUGCAGAAGCCCUAUCGCGAUGGGGACUGGGAUACGUCGUUCUGACCAAUGUUGAUCGUGAUGACCUGCCUGACGGUGGUGCCCACCAUGUCGCAGAGACCGUAAUGAAAAUCAAACAGAAAAAGUCCAGUAUUCUUGUGGAAUGUUUGACCGGCGACUUCAAGGGAGAUCUUGACAUGGUGGCUGUGCUCGCCCGCUCCGGUUUGGAUGUCUAUGCGCAUAACGUUGAGACCGUCGAGGCUCUCACUCCGCAAGUCCGUGACCGUCGUGCUACCUUCCAACAAUCACUACGUACUCUCGAGGCCGCAAAACGCGCCAAUCCGUCUCUCAUCACUAAGACAUCUAUGAUGUUGGGCUUCGGUGAAACUGAGUCUCAAAUGUGGGAUGCCCUCCGCCAACUCCGUGCUUCGGAUGUUGACGUCGUCACAUUCGGACAGUACAUGCGUCCAACGAAGCGACACAUGGCUGUACACGAGUACGUGACGCCGGAUAAAUUCGAGCUCUGGAAACAGCGCGCCUUAGACAUGGGAUUCUUGUAUUGUGCUUCUGGACCUUUGGUGCGGAGCAGCUACAAGGCCGGUGAAGCGUUUAUCGAGAAUGUGCUUAAAAAGAGAAGGUCAGGCAGUGGUGCUGCUGAUGGGAUGCCAUCGAGGACCGGUUCCGGACUGGUUGUCGAUGAAAUAACGAAAUAGAAUUUGUGUUUAUGUACUAUUAAUCUAGGCUAUUUUGCAUGAGAGAAGACAUAAUCAUGACUUCUGGGGUCUUGGCGUUUUUCUCUCUUUUUGUUAAUUGACUUUGCUUCAACGGUAUUGACUAGGUGCAUAACUACAGCUGUUCAAAGUUUUGGAAAGGAAAAGAGUCAACCUUCUUUUCUAUGACGCCUAGAUACUUUUUUAAUAAACCGCUAUUUCAAAUGCUAA